UUGACAGACAAAACGUCACAGGGCAGGUCAAACCUGUUGCUACUGCGAUUAUAGAAUUAAGUUUGUUCUUACAGCUGAGAUUCAAAAGAUCUGACUCAAAGCGCAUAGCAUCACCAAGGGAAGAAGGAAAGAAGGAAUGUUUUCUGGGAUAAGCAUGUACACUUUGUCCUUCUUUGCACUUUUUCUGAUCAUCAUACUUUUUCUUAAAUGGCGGAGGAUCAGGUUACCAAAUGAACCACCAUUAGAUAAAGGUUUUCUUCCAUGGCUGGGUCAUGCCUUUGCAUUCAGCAAGGAUUGUGCCAAAUUUUUAUUAAAAAUGAAGACAAAAUAUGGAGACAUCUUUACGGUCCAAGUAGCAGGACGAUAUGUAACUGUUUUACUUGAUCCUCAUUCAUUCAAACCAGUUGUGACAGAAUCCAAUACAAAGCUGAACUUCACAAAGUAUUCAGCAAUUUUAAUGGACAGAAUCUUUAACCUUCAGUUUCCUGACUAUGAUCACAACAAAGAAAAAGCUUUGCUGAAAAUGCAGUUACAAGGCAAAAGUCUUUCAUCAUUGACACAGGCAUUUCUGUCUAAUCUGAAAACAAUUUUACUGAUUGAUGAAAAUGGAACAAAGAAUGUCUGGAAGAAAGAAGGAUUAUUCAACUUCUGUUAUGAUGUUAUGUUCAGGGCAGGAUAUCUUACACUGUAUGGAAAUGAGGCUGCACAAACUAAUCAGCAAGCAUCAAGAGUUAAGGAUAGAAUUCAUUCAGCUCAAGUCUACGAGAUAUACAAGAAACUAGACCAACUCUUGAUAAAAUUAGCUCGCUCCAUGUUAUCUGCUGAUGAAAAGAAGGAAGCUGCCUCAGUAAAGAAAUACCUAUGGCGGUUGUUGUCAGUGGAGAAUCUAAAGACAAAAGUGAAUAGAAGCAAUUGGCUUGAAAGCUACUGUAAUCAUCUUCAGGAACUGGGCAUACAUCAUGAUAUGCAGGAACGAGCAAUGGUACUACAGCUCUGGGCAACACAGGGUAAUGUUGGGCCUGCAGCAUUUUGGCUGUUAUUGUUCCUGCUGAAACAUCCUGAAGCUAUGUCUGCAGUCCAAGAAGAAGUCAAGAAGAUCUACUUCAAUUGUGUCAUGUCUACUAUUAGUCAGGAAGUUCUUGAUAAUACUCCAAUUUUUGAUAGUGUUUUAAAUGAGACGCUGCGGCUGACAGCAGCACCAUUUAUUACUCGAGAAAUUCUCCAGAAUAUGUCACUGCAGCUUGCAGAUGGCAGAAAGUAUCACCUCCGCAAGGGAGACAGACUCGUUCUCUUUCCUUAUUUAAGUCCCCAGAUGGACCCAGAAAUCUAUGAAGAUUCUGAGAAAUUUAAGUAUGAUCGAUUUUUGAACCCAGAUGGAACAAAGAAAACAGAUUUCUUCAAGGGUGGAAAACAGUUGAAGUACUACAACAUGCCUUGGGGUGCAGGAACCAAUGUCUGUAUUGGUCAAUCUUUAGCAACAAAUAGCUUAAAAGUGUAA